AUGGCGUUCACGAGGUUAUGGCAGAGGGAGGUUACAACCUUGAGGCAACAAGUGCACAACUUACAACACAAUAAUAGGCAAUUAUUGGGAGAGGAGCUAUCUGGUUCCACUGUUCGAGAUUUGCAGUUUCUCGUGAACCAAUUGGAGACGAGUUUGCAUUGUGUACGAAAGAGGAAGGAGCAAGUUAUGGCUGAGGAGAUCCACGAACUUAACCAAAAGGGAUUUCUUAUUCAAAAGGAAAAUAUAGAACUUGGCAAGAAGGUGAGAAUUACUCAUGAGCAAAACAUAGAGUUGCAGAAAAAGCUUUCUGGGGCCAUGAGAUCGAGUGAGCAGCAAGCCAGCGGAAGCAGCUCAAAAGCUGCUGCCGGAUUAUUAUUGUGGACUAGAGCAGGUGAACCAAGGAUUUUUAUUGACCUUGAGUUGCGGCAGCAGGAGCAUGAGGAUGAAUAACACCUACUACCUCGUCCACUACAUGCUACUGCAGCUUCAAUCUAUAUUUUCAGUGCAUGCGUGGACGAUGGAAGCUCGAUCAUCAAAUUAGUUAUAUGGUUCCUGUGUAAUUUGCAUAAGGUAUUAAC